GAGAUUUUCAUUUUUAAAAGAGGAAAAAAAGGUCAUAAGUUUGGUUUUUGGUGGAUAAUUGGUCUCACUUGAGGCGUUCUUGAACAGUUCCUUGAAAAUUCGUAAAUUUAGUGUCAUCACAGCAAAAGAUUGCAGACACCGAUUUUGCCGGCAGAAUUUCAGACAAUGUAUUCUCUUCUCUUUCUCGUGGCCAUGCGUAAAUUUUCAUUCACUUCUCCAUAGGACGCAAACCCUGCCACCAACAACACACCAAAGCUCUGAUUUCGCUCCCUCUGUCUCACUUUCUCUCUCUCUCUCUAUGCAUCACACGCAAAAUAUUCUUCAAGUGUUGAGAUUUUUAUUCCGGGUUUUAUCAUCUCAUUGUUUGUGACUUUUCGUGUUUGUUACCCUCUAGUCGCCAUAGAUGGGUUGUUUUGUUUGUUCAACCGUAUAUGAGACUGCUCUUAUAAGAUAGCCGUUUUCAUUUUUUUUUUUUCUGUUACUUUUCAUUAAAAUUAAAAUACCGUCCCUGAUAUUUCGUCUGUAUCUUCCCGGGAGGUGCGUUUUCAAUUUUAUUAGUCCUUCAUCGUUGAAUGCCUUUUAUAUUUUAGUCCGUGUAAAAGUGGGUUCCUUGAAUUUGUUCAAAUCCCCAUCAUGGAUCUGGGAAGCUGCUUCCUGGAGGAGAAAAUAAUACUACAAUUAUUAUAAUAAAGAAAUAGUGAAUCAUCCUGAAGUUGUCCUAUAUUAAUUCAUUAUAUAUAUAUAUAUAUAUAUAUAUCAGUGUUUUUCCUCUGUAGUCUUCAAUUCAAUUGAGGAGGGUCUUUCUUCUGCAAUUGGGGGCUCUGUUUUAAAUUUCAGUGACAAUGCUCCUUCUAGAUUUCUAAAAGCGCAUGCUAUGGAUCUGGAAGCUGGAAUUCCUAAGAAUCAUGUUGCUAAGAAAGAAUCGUGGAAGACGGUUCUGACUUUGGCAUACCAGAGCCUCGGAGUUGUGUAUGGAGAUUUAAGCACUUCACCGUUGUACGUGUAUAGGAGCACAUUUGCUGAAGAUAUUGAGCACACAGAAAGCAACGAAGAGAUUUACGGCGUCUUGUCUCUGGUUUUCUGGACUCUCACGUUGGUCCCUCUGAUCAAAUACGUGUUCGUCGUUCUCAAAGCUGAUGAUAAUGGCGAAGGGGGUACAUUUGCUCUGUACUCCUUGCUGUGUCGGCACGCUCGAGUCAACUCAAUGCCCAAUUGCCAGGUGGCGGACGAGGAACUCUCGGAAUAUAAGAAGGAUAGUUUUUGUAUGGCCCCAGAGAGAAGCUUUGCCUCGAGAUUGAAGGCCACGCUGGAGAAGCGCAAAGUUUUGCAGAGGAUUUUGCUUGUUCUGGCUUUGAUCGGAACUUGCAUGGUGAUUGGUGAUGGCGUCCUCACUCCUGCUCUUUCUGUUUUCUCUGCGGUUUCGGGCCUUGAGCUUUCUAUGUCAAAGGAACAUCACAGAUAUGUAGAAGUCCCAGCUGCAUGCUUCAUACUGGCAGUCUUGUUUGCCCUCCAACAUUUUGGCACGCACAGGGUUGGCUUCUUGUUUGCUCCUAUAGUAAUCACAUGGCUUUUCUGCAUCAGCGCCAUCGGCAUAUAUAAUAUAUUUUACUGGAAUCCUCACGUGUAUAAAGCCCUGUCUCCUUAUUACGUUUUCCAGUUUUUAAGGAAAACACAAACAGGAGGUUGGAUGUCUCUUGGUGGAAUUUUGUUGUGCAUAACAGGAUCAGAAGCCAUGUUUGCUGAUCUGGGGCACUUUUCACAAUUAUCAAUCAAGAUUGCUUUCACAGCUGUGGUUUAUCCAUCUUUAAUUCUGGCAUACAUGGGCCAGGCUGCUUAUCUAUCCAGACACCAUGAUGUUGUGCACGAUUAUCACUUCACAUUUUAUGUAUCUGUACCAGAGACAUUAAGAUGGCCCGUUCUGGUGAUAGCCAUACUUGCGGCAGUUGUUGGAAGCCAAGCCAUCAUCACCGGAACUUUCUCAAUCAUCAAGCAGUGUUCUGCAUUGAGUUGCUUCCCAAGGGUCAAAGUUAUACACACAUCAUCAAAAAUUCACGGCCAAAUAUAUAUCCCUGAGAUCAACUGGCUGUUGAUGUUCUUGUGCUUGGCUGUCACAAUUUGUUUUAGAGACACAAAGCGCUUAGGCAAUGCAUCAGGUUUGGCGGUUAUUACAGUGAUGCUGGUCACAACAUGUCUGAUGUCUCUAGUGAUCGUACUAUGCUGGCACCGAAGUGUUUUUCUUGCGGUUGGUUUUGUUUUCAUCUUUGGGACAGUUGAGGCUCUCUUCUUCUCGGCUUCACUCGUCAAGUUUCUGGAAGGAGCAUGGGUGCCAAUUGCUUUGGCAUUUGUAUUCCUCUCUGUCAUGUAUACAUGGCACUAUGGCACCCUCAAAAAGUAUGAAUUUGAUGUUCAAAACAAGGUCUCUAUCAACUGGUUACUCAGCCUUGGUCCCAGCAUAGGUAUUGUUCGAGUCCGCGGGAUCGGCCUUUUCCACACAGAGCUAGUGUCUGGAAUCCCUGCGAUCUUCUCCCACUUUGUCACCAACCUUCCAGCAUUCCACCAGGUUGUGGUCUUCCUCUGCAUCAAACACGUCCCAGUUCCACAUGUUAGACCUGAAGAACGAUUCCUAGUGGGUCGAAUAGGCCCAGCAGGCUUCAGACUUUACCGGUGCAUAGUGCGAUACGGAUACCGUGAUGUCCACAAGGAUGACAUUGAGUUUGAGAAGGAUCUUGUCUUCAGCAUAGAAGAGAUGAUACGAACCAGCACAGAAGGAUCAAAUGCUGCAAAUGAAGAGGCUGAAAAGGGUGACAAAUUGACAGUUAUUGGAACAUGUCCUUCUUCCAACCCCAUUUUGAUUAGUGAAGAAGAUACAUUGGACAAUAACAGCAGUGAUAAUAGUAGUUUGGAGUCAGCUGGAACAUUGACAGAACUCAAGGAGAUAAAGUCAGCGACAGUGAUCCAACAGAAGAAACGGGUGAGGUUUGUUGUACCGAAGAGUCCAAAGAUCGAUAAGGAAGAAUUGGACGAACUAAGGGAAGCAAGGGAAUCUGGGGUAGCCUACAUUAUCGGGCACUCUUAUAUGAGAGCAAAACCAGGGUCCAGUUUGAUGAAGAAGUUGGUGAUUAAUUUUGGGUAUGAAUUCUUGAGGAGGAAUAGCAGAUCACCCCCCUUCGUAGAUAGUGUACCUCAUGCAUCAUCUUUGGAAGUAGGGAUGAUGUACCAAGUUUAAUUUUUUUUUUUCCUUUUUUGGUUUACCCAAAUUACAGUGUAUCAUGUAAAUCUGGUAUGUUCAGAGUCCUGAGCCAUCACCUUCAUGUAGUGAUGAACGAAAAUAGUGUACAAAUUUUGGUCUUUUUUGUUUGA